GUCCGCCCGCUGAAGAGGCAUGGGUGUCCAGGGCUUUCAAGAGUUCCUGGAGAAGCGCUGUCCUGGGGCCGUGGUGCCUGUGGACCUUCUCAAACUCGCGCGCACUGUCUCGCGCCAGCAGCAGCAGCAGCACCGCCACCACCAGCAGCACCUGCAUCGCCAGCUACCACCGACAGCAGCUCUAGCGCCUGGGGCCCCACGCGCCGCCAGGGGCUCCGCUCCCCUGCAGCCGCCUUACCAUCACCCUGCUCACCACUUCCACCACCAUGGCCAGUCGCAGCCCGGGCUACACCCUCCACUGCCGCCGCCGCCCCCUCCGCUGCCCGGGGCCCGGGUGCUGGUAGACGCAGGCUCGGCGCUACCGCGGCUUUACGGUGGCUAUCAGACGGAUUGGGUGUGUGGUGGCCAGUGGAAUGCCAUGCUGGGCUACUUGUCAGCGCUGUGCCAGGCUUGUGCCUAUCCCGGCGGUGACGGCCUGGAGCUGGUGGUCAUGUUCCCCGGCGGCCUGGGCAAAGACCGACUGGCCGAGUGGGGCCGUCGGUGCCAGGCUGAGCGGCAGACAGCGCAACUGAUCGUGGGACACGUGGGCAACAAGGGCACCCCUCCACCACGGGCCUGGUUCCUGCCACCAGCUUGCCUGAGCCACUGCGUGAGGCUAGCACUCAUCCGCUUCCGGGUCAAGGUCUUUCAGAGCCUUGAAGAUCAUCAUUUGGAAGUGGUGGCUUUUUUCAGAGAAAAUGGUUUCCACGGCCUUCUUGCCCAUGACUCCGAGUAUGCUCUCUACAAUAUUCCCUCUUACUACAGUUCCCAUGCUCUGAAGUUGAGCUGGAAUGGGAAGAAUCUUACUACCAACCAAUUCCUGAUGCAGGAGGUGGCCAAGCAACUGGGCCUGAAGCGCAUGAAUUUUCCCAUAUUUGCUGCACUGUUAGGUAACCACAUUCUUCCAGAUGAGGAUCUGGCUGCUUUUCACUGGAGUCUUUUAGGACCAGAACAUCCUCUUGCAUCACUUAAGGUCCGAGCUCAUCAGCUUGUUCUUCCACCUUGCGAUGUGGUGAUCAAGGCUGUUUCUGAGUAUGUUAGUUCCAUCAAAGACCCUUCAAACCUCGAUGUUGUUGGGAAGGAUGUUUUCAAACAGUCUCAGUCUAGGACUGAAGAUAAAAUAGAGCGAUUCAAGAAAGCAGUUGAGUACUAUUCAGUCACAACCAAACUCUCUUCGUUGCCAGUGGGUCCCUCCUUUCUAGGCUUUCGAAAUAAUCAGCUUGGAAAUCCUUCCCUUCCACGAAAUCAAAUGGGCACCAUUUCUUCUGGAAAGCCAAUGUUUCCUCACCAAGUGCCCCAGAAAGUGAAAUAUCCACCACCAUUCUCAGUGGGACCCAACUCAUCUCUUCUCUUCUCCUCCCAUGCUCUGGGGGAAUCCAAUGCCUUUUCUGAGGAUCCCAUGAUACAGGACAGCCCCUUUGCCAGUUGGGCUGUCUCUUAUGACUCCUCUGCAUCCCAGUUUCCUAAUUACCUUACUUCCAAAGCUUCACCUCCUUUGGGACCAGACUCUUCCCACUCUUCUUCCUCUGAUGGCGAUGAGCCAAAUGGAGCCAGCUCUGAUCACAUCACAGAAACACUUCAGCAGCAGCCUGGAUGGGAAGAUUCCAAUGGUAACAGAGGGUCUUGGGCACAGCCUGUUGAUGCUGAAGUUUCAGAAGCCAGCCUAGGUGAUGGUGAACCUCACAUCCCAUCUCUGCUGUCUAUGUCUACAAGGAACCACAUGGAUAUCACCAUUCCACCCUUACCUCCAGUAGCUCCGGAAGUCUUACGAGUCGCUGAACAUAGACACAGGAGGGGCCUUAUGUAUCCAUAUAUCUACCAUGUCCUCACUAAGGGUGAGAUUAAGAUCCCUGUAUGUAUUGAGGAUGAGUGUAACAUGGAGCUACCCCCAGCUGCUCUUCUAUUCCGAUCAGCUCGUCAAUAUGUAUAUGGGGUCCUUUUUAGUUUGGCGGAGACACAGAGGAAAAUGGAACGCCUGGCCAUUCGGCGGCGGUUACCUGUGGAAGUUCCUUCAGUGAUUCUUAAAGAGUGGUCUGCCUAUAAAGGGAAGUCACCUCAAACUCCUGAGCUCGUGUCUGCAUUGACAUUUCGGGAAUGGACUUGCCCAAACCUCAAGAAGCUCUGGCUGGGGAAAGCAGUUGAGGACAAGAACAGAAGGAUGCGGGCUUUCCUGGCAUGUAUGAAGUCAGACACACCCAGUAUGCUGAAUCCAGCUAAUGUCCCUACCCAUCUGCUGCUUAUGUGCUGUGUACUCCGGUAUAUGGUUCAGUGGCCUGGUGGCCGAAUCCUGCAUCGCCAUGAGCUAGACACCUUCCUUGCACAGGCAGUGUCUACCCAGCUUUAUGAACCAGAUCAACUUCAAGAACUCAAGAUUGAGAAACUGGAUGCCCGAGGGAUCCAGCUUGCUGCCCUCUUUAUGAGUGGAGUCGACACAGCCCUCUUCGCUAAUGAUGCCUGUGGCCAGCCAGUUCCUUGGGAACACUGCUGCCCCUGGAUUUACUUCGAUGGCAAGUUGUUCCAGAGCAAGCUUAUUAAAGCAGGCCGAGAGCGAGUUUCCCUGGUUGAGCUCUGUGAUGGCCAGGCUGACCUGGCAACCAAAGUGGAAAGGAUGAGGCAGAGUAUCCUUGAAGGAGUCAACAUGAAUCAUCCACCACCUUCAGCUCUACUUCCAUCACCUACUUUUGUGCCUCCCAUGGUGCCCUCUCUCUACCCUGUUUCAAUUUAUUCCCGAGCUAUGGGUUCAAUGCCACCUCACCCUCAAGGAAGGAGCCGGGGAUUUGCAGGUCUCCAUCCAAUCCCACCUCAAGGAGGAAAACUGGAAAUUGCUGGGAUGGUGGUGGGCCAGUGGGCUGGCAGUGGGCCCUCCAGAGGCCGAGGAUCCUUUGGCAUGCAAGUGGUUUCUGUCGGUGGGCCAGGAAAGGGGCAUGGAAAAGAACAGACUGGUAGAGGACCUAAAGGACACAAAAGAGGAAAUAAACAAGGCUCUUCAGAUGGAAUUUCUAAAUCCCUGGAGCUUCGUCAAGGGCGGUCUCGCUCCCAGGUAAAUGGAAACCACGGCACAUUGACCAAGGAAGAGAAGAGCGAUCAUCGUCUUCCAGCUCCAUCACAAUGUGCCUUAUCCAGAGACAGCAAUGUGUGUAAUGAUGGUAACCGCUGCCUCCCUGUGAAGAAUGAGGAGAGCUGCUCACAAGAACAAAAGUUAGAAACUGUGGCACAACAAAAAGAGGAAUGACAAGCUGAAGAUGGCUUUACCAGUCAGGAAGAAGGGAAAACUAUACUUUUCUGAUUCUAGGCCCAAGUUAGAGAAGGAUAUAAGUGCUCACCUAAAUUUAUCCUCAGUUUUGAUGGGAUGUCUUAUUGUAUCCAUCUUUUCCCCUUCCUUAUCUUUUUCUUUGGGCUUCAGAGUUAAAAACUGGGGAAUUUCUGGUUAAAGAUGAAUAGCAUGAAGAGUAGUUCCAAUCCUCAAACUGAAUAUAUAACACCUAUAUUCUAUUUCCUCUGGAAGUCUAGUAAGGCAGUAACUGUCAGAAAGUGGAUGUUAUCAUUUAAGUCCUAUAGAAAAGUUCUAGCUUUGGUUGUUUGAGUAUUUAUCAUGAUACUUAUUUGUAGACUUAUCUGAUGCAUCUAUGGGGCUGAGGGGACAGCUGUCUGUGGCUUCAUUUUUUUCUCUAAAUUGAUACGGUCUUGAUAUAUAAUUAGUAUCCAUCUCCUCUUUACUCUUUCUCCCAACUCAGCUACCCCAGGAUUUUGUACACCACCUCUAACUCUGGCCUGACAAUCAGAUAAGUAGAUGUUUUCAGGGAACUGGAUAGUAUUGGUUAUUUUAUUUUUUAUUUUAUAUACUAAAAAAAACUACCAAUGGCCUUUGUACUGGGAGAUUCAAGUGAGUCGGAAAAGUACUGGGCAGAUUUUUCCUGCCUCUCAACUAGCCCAUUGUUUGUAAAAUAGAAGACGUGGUGCAGUUCACCCACUCUGUGCUGCCCAUACCCUAAAAUGGGUGGGAAUCAAUGUUAUGAAACUGAAUACAAAAGGGACUCAAAAGACUCUGUGGGUGUGGGUGUGGGUGAGUGUGGUUGUAUAUAUGAAUGUGUGUAUCUGUAUGCAUACACAUACCCUUUAUAUAAAGAGACAGAUCUAUUUAUCUAUACAUAUUUUAUAUAUGUGUGCAUAUGUGUGUGUGUGUACACAUACAUACAUACAUGGUGAUAUCCCAGAGGAUUUACUGAACUUCCCAGAAACGCUUCCACUGCUAUGGAGUGGUGGGUUUCAAAAGAUCAUACUUUAAAUCUAAAAUCCUUAUUAAGUCUCAGCCCAUUACAAUUAUAAGAAGAUGGGCUACUCUAAAUCAGACACAAAGUACUUUCCAGAGAUUGCCUGUUCAGAACAACAAACACUUGGGUUGUAAUAAGCUUAAUCUUGAACAGAGCCCUCACAUCCCAUAUGGUGAAAACUUGAGGUUGGAAUGGGAUUGGGAAGAGUUAAGUAUUUCUUUAUGAAGGUUUGAAGAGAAAGCAGGGUGGGAGGUGAUUUGAAAGGGUAUUCUGCCAACCUGGAGAACAUCUCUCUUGGAACUCCAGGGUCAAAUUGGCUUCAAGGAAAAACUGAUAGACAAGAAUCCCUGAAUUGAGGGAUGGUUUGUACUGGAAAGAUGGUGUAGGGAAGUGUGAGGAAAUUUAACAAUUUGAUUUUACAUGCCUAGAUUGUUUCAUUUGUUCAUUGACAUUUUGACUACUGGAUCUUUUCAUUUGCUUUGCAAGGAAGACUUCAGAGGACUUUGGCCUGGGCCUUGAAAAAUAUUCUAUAAAAGUUUCUCAGCCCAGGAUAAAAAAGCUGUUCCUCCUUGCUGGAGAUAAUCUUAAGACCACUUUGCAUUUCCAGUUUCCCUCCUUGGGCAGCCAAAAUGCAGGGAUGGAAACAUGGCUUGCAACAAAUUAGCAUUGUAUCUUCAUUCAGGAACUGGGGCCUCCAGGCUCCUAUGUCUCUAUUUGGGCUUUAUGAUAUCUUGCCCAGAAGUACCAUUUCUACCGGAAUACAACUGACUAGACUUCUAGCAGGGUUCUCUCUUUUUUGGAAAAACCCCAUGCAGAUUAAUCCACAGCAGGUCCAUGAUAAUUUAUUUUUCCUUUUUUUUAAUUCCUGGACAACCAGAAGGCUAACUGCCCACUUACAAUGACCAUAUCAUGAGUAAUUGAAAACAGUCUCAGACUAAUCAGAGUCUGGCACAGUUUAAGAGAACCCACAGUUUGCAGGGGGAGGGAGUCCCAGAAUGCCUUGCCCCUACCCACGUAUUUCUUACAUAAAUCAAAGAAGGAUAAGAAGAGUGUACCCCCUAGCAAGAUGUAAGCAGAAACAAAGCAUACAAAAACUUCCUAUUGGAGUCAGCUCCCCUGAUUUGGUGCCCUUUCUUCUCUUGGACCUGCAUAAUCUUAAAGGUUAGGACUUCUGUAUCCAGCAAGAGAGGAAAUUCAGAUGGCCCAGAAUUCUCUUUCUGUGCCAAAGAGCUCUAAAAGCAACCAGAUUCACUGAGCUGUGAGUGAAUAUAUAUUUAUACUUGGAGUUAAAUGGUAAAGUAUCUUUUCAGUUGCUGUUUCUGUGCAUCUUAAAUUUAUCUGACUCAAUCAGAUGACAGUAUUGCCAACUCUCACGGCAUUAAGAAUAUUUCUUAUUUUGUAGGCAUUUACUGUGAGAGGUAAAAUUGCUGUUUUAACGGAUGAUUCCAGUUUGCCACAGACUUGUGUUUCUCCCUUCCACACACCUUGGCUUUCCCCUAGCCUGGCCCAGGGUGAAACAAGCGGUUGACCUCCAACCUUGAUUUUUAUUUGGAUUCAAUAUUUUGGGUUUGGAAGGUUACAAGAAAGAGCCAUACAAGGCCAUACUACUAGAUUUUGGUCUAUCUGCCAAAAUACACAACUUAACAAACAAACAAACUAAGGCUCAUUACUGGGAGAUAAACUUUUUCUGAUUGCAAGAUAAAAUAGGGAAAGUAGGAUGUGAUCUUUGCUGUACUACUUGGAAAGACUGUCAUCCUUCACUUGAGGUUCAAUUUCUGACUGUGAUAUGGAACAAAAUAAUGUUGGAUCCCCUAGAAAUGACCCCUUUAACUUGUAGGGCCACAGGCAAGAACAUCCUGGUUGUACAUAGCCACUGAUCCCCAAGGAUUUGCAGUUCUUGACUUCUGCUAUUGUGUCUUGGGAUCAGCCUCUAAUUCCUACCCUUUUCCAAGUGGCCAAUCUGGUCUGGACUAGGCCAGAAAAACUUCUGCUCACUUGCAUCACUUUCAUUCUGAGCCAGUAGGAAUUUGGGUACACUAAAACCCAAGAAUUGGUACUUGCUUUGGCUAGGGACAUUUGAGUUUUGUCUCCAUCUUGAUUUUCUGACAUUGUUGGCCAAGUCACCUUAACAUUUUUUGAUCACUGAGAAAAACAGCCAGACAAGGCUUUAGGGAGGGUGGUUAAAAUAGGGGGUGGGGGGCAGGAAUGCUUAUGUAGGGUAGAAAGAAUAUGGGAGUAGCUAUUUGAUUGUGGUGAUUCAGUCCUUUGGAACCUUAGAAGGCUCCUGUGGGCAUGUCAUUGUCACCAUGUCAGCCUCUAAGACCCCCUCCCUUUUGAAAUGACAAUACAAGUAGACCACAGUUUAAAGUAGUUAGUAUAAUUCUACUAAGGUUUGAUCAUUAUACUUGUUCACUUCUUGGUGCGUAUUUCCUAAAUAUGCUUGGGGUUUGGGGUGGGGGGAGUAAGUUUUCACUGUUCCAUUGUGUCUCACCCAAUAUUUUUCUCCCUCCCGUGGCUUUGGCAUCUUCUCUUCUGACUUUCUCUUUUCAUCUCCUUUGGCUUAUUGUGGUAGUCUGCUGGUACAGGUAGAGAGCUCAGUGCACCCAUUCCCCUGUUACUGCUAAUUAUCUUCAAUAUUGUUCAAGUUAAUUUGUUGUUCUAAGGAAAUUUCAUUUUUUAAUAAAAUCAUCUUUUCCAAGUUAAAAGCAAAAGAAAACAUCCCCUGUGCUAGGGUGCCCAUUCCAGCUUUUGACAUUGCCCCUGUACUUUUAUAGAUGCUCUUUUUAUCUGUGUUGGUAGUAACUAAUGACUAGUGAAUUUUCAUGUAAAUGAAGCAAAUUCAAUAUUUCAGGUUUUGUUAAUCUCUCAUAACCCUGCCAAAUCUGAUGACUUCAUCCUAAUUACUUCCCAGAAGGCACUUCUCCUACCUUUUAUUUUAUUCUGUCUUAUUCUAUUCUUAGACUAACACAUUAGGUAAAAAAAACUUUAACUGCAAAGAGUCAGUGGUUUUUUAGUGCUCCCUGAUAAAUUUUUUUUCUGUGAUACUAUCUCCUCUCUUGUGUUCUUGACAGUGUGUUUAGUGGAUGGAUAAUACGUAUUUCUCUUUCCCACUCCCAGAUUCCAAUUUCCUGCCUUUUUGGCCCACCUCACAACAAAAGCUCCAUAGUUUAUUAACGUAAGUUUGAAUGGAUGCUUCUUUGGGGAAA